AUGCAGGUUCUUAUCAAGAAGAUUAUUGGCAAUGCAGUUGCAUAUGAUGUCAGCAAUGCAGAUAGAGUUGAAGAUGUUAAAGCGCAAAUCCAAAUCAAAGAAGGAAUUCCAUUAACUCAACAAGAUCUAAUUUUUGCCGGUCGGCGCCUCAUUAAUGGUUCAAUGAUCCAAGAUUACAAGAUCAACAAGAACGAUACACUUAAUCUCAUUAUUCGUAUGAGAUAA